UUACAGCUUCUGGAAGGCAUCCAUGCAGUUUUAUUACUCAAAGCAAUCAUGUUCACGCUCGUAUGUUCACGCUGAGUCACUUUGAAAUGUCAUCUUGACUUAUCAUGAUUACAAAUAUUAAAAGGACCAGUGCAAUAUGGGCGUGGACUCCACUCUGCAUCCUGUAUAAAAAGCCAUAUAGUGCGGCAGGGUUAGUUGACAGAACCAGACUGAUCAACUUUGAACAUGGCCGCUUUAAAGGGAUGCAGUGCUUUAGUGACAGGAGGCAACCGAGGCUUGGGUUUAGAAAUGGUCAAGCAACUCCUGGAGGCCCAGUGCUCAAAGGUUUUUGCUGGAUGUCGUGACCCAGAUGGACCAAACUCUGAGGCUCUGAGAGAACUGGCCAAAAAGCAUCCAGAUGUUAUCACUCUUGUGAAGCUUGAUGUUUCUGAUCCUGGCAGUAUCAAAGAGUCGGCACAAAAAGUAGGCUCUCUACUGGGAAAGAACGGCUUGAACCUGAUCCUGAAUAAUGCUGCAGUGUUACCACAAAAAACCAUGCUGACCACCACUGUUGAGGACAUGAUAAACACCUUCAACACCAAUGUGAUAGGACCCUUGUUUGUCAUUCGGGAGUACCUGCCGUAUUUGAAAACAGCAGCUAAAGCCAGUGGCAAACCAGGGAUGUCAUGUGAUAAAGCAGCUGUGAUCAACAUCUCCACAGAUGCGUCGUCUAUGGCCAUCAUGCCAGUACUGAAAGAGCCAUUCCCACUAUUCCCAUACAGCAUCAGCAAGGCUGGUCUUAACAUGUUGACCAUAUAUACUGCUAGAGACUUCAAGGCAGACGAGAUCCUCUGCAUUUCCAUUCACCCCGGAUGGGUGAGAACAGACAUGGGGGGAGAUAAGGCACCUAUUGAUGCCAGACAAAGUGUGGAGGGAGUGUUAAGUGUCGUUAGCAGUCUUACUGAAAAGCAGCAUGGUGGAUUCUUAGACUAUACUGGAAAAACAAUGCCCUGGUAAACCAGAAAAAAAUAACCUGUGGAGGUUUAUCAAAAGGCUAUCCAGAUGACCCAUUUCACCCAUUAUAAAUAAAGUGAUAAGCACGGUCAUUAAUGUUUAUGACAUGUUCAACUUCAUUGUCUGUGUGUUCAAUAUAAUAAACUAA